AUGAAAUCAAGGCCUUGUGACACAUCUGCACCCUCGAAACGGAACGCCGAGCCCGCCGCGGGCCAGACCGAGCCUAGCCUAGACAUCUGCCACCUCCUUCUACUUCCGCGUGAACUCCGCGACCUUAUUUGGGAGUACAGCCUACUGUCGACUCAUACGCCCCCCGCUCAAUCCUCACCCCCAAGAAUCACCUCUGAUUACCGCCAAUACGACUCAUGGGGUGAGGAAGCGAGUUACUACCCGCGGCGCACCCGCGUCAAUAGCACUACUCUGCUCUGCUGCAGCCGUCAAAUCAACGCCGAGGUCUCCGAUGCUAUUGACCGACUGCGCGCCCAACGGCGGCUAACAUGUUCGCUGCGCAUUCUGCUCCGGAACGAGCAGUACCUCUUCAUUGACUGGCUUUGCGUCCCCGCCGUAGCAACUCACUACGACGCCGUCCACAUCGACUUCAAAACCGUGGGCAAGCCUCAGCCAAUAGGCAGCGGCAGCCUGCGUGGCUUGCCCAUCAAGACGGUCCACCCGUCCGCCCUACCGGGACAUCCUUCGCAGAACCCAAACGCCUCCUCGUCGUCCAUCUCGCGCACCAGAGGAGCGUCCUGGUCAUCGCUGCUGUACGAGCCCAAGGACCGCGACUUCUCCUUCCACCGCCACCUGUUCAAGCUACUCGCCCGCCUGCGCAACUACGGGCCCUCCUUCCUCGGCGACCCGGUCAUCUUCUCCGCCAUCACCACUCCCAGCAGCGGCGGCAGCACCUUCUCCUCGUCCUCAACACCACCAUCAAGUAGCCGCUGUCGAGCCCCGACCCCAACGACCUUCACCACCCUGACCAUUAACGUCCUCACGCCGCCCUCAUCCCACACGGACCCCUCCGCCUUCCGCCCGCCCCUCUACCCCUGGCUCAUCUGCGGCGGCAGAGACGAAACCAACUUCCGCCAGCGCUGGCUCGCCGUCGUCCGCCGCUACCAGCGUGAAUGUAGCAGCAGCAGUAGCAGCAGCAAUUUCCCUGGUGGUGGUGGUGGUGGUGGUACCGGCAUGCUCGUCCCGCCCGCCGUCGUCGCCGCCUGCUGCCGCGAGUUCUUCGCCUGGGCCAUGCACGCACGCAGCACCGCUGGCGCCGGUGCCAGCGGCAUCGGCGUCGGCAAGGGCCAGAACGCCUUCUUGAAGGACGGCUUCGGCGAUGUGCGGGUGCUGUUGGAUGGGAGAGAGGACUUGGGCCUGGAGAGCGGCGGUGAGCCCGAGAUGAUGAGGGCGCCCGGGCCGGGGCCGGGGCCGGGGCAGAGCAGGGGGAGGAGCUGGUGGGAGCCUGUGUUCAAGGAUGAGGCUGAGGCGUUUGCGUGCGAUGGGGGAGAGGGGCUGCAUAGAUAUUGUAAGGUGACAAGGGAGUUGAGAAGAAGGGGGUAA